AGUUCUUCCUGCAAACACAUGACCAUCCCCAGAAAUCAACACAGGUCCGCUACGAUCGCUAACAUGAUCCCAACUCGGGCUUUUCUGGUGUCCUCUGUUUUCUUUGCUUUCAGUUUUGCUGUAGUUUUAGCUCAGACGACAAGUCCAGUAACAAACUGCACUAUAAAAUCCAACACAAGUUGUGAGGAAUGUCUGAAGAUUGUUUCAUGUUUGUGGUGCAUCUCAAACCAGAAAUGCAUCGACUAUCCAGUGAAGAAUAUUCUACCGCAUCAUAGUGUGUGUCCCCUCACAGAUGCACGAUGGGGAAUGUGCUGGGUGAAUUUUCAGGCUCUCAUCAUUACCAUGUCCGUGAUUGCGGUGGUGAUCAUCAUUGCCAUAUUAGUCUGCUGCAUCCGAUGCUGCAAAUGUGAAAAUAUUGGGUCUAAGAGGGCUGAAGAGCGAAUGGAGAGUCAAACUCAUCUCAGAAAGUUUCGUCAAGAGGAAAGGAAAGCAGAGAUGAGACAGAGACAUGAUGAAAUCCGAUCGAAAUAUGGCUUGAAAAAGGAUAACCCAUACUCCAGAUUUGAAAACAGCUAAGAAAAUUGCUCCACUAAGUUUUCUUUGACCUCACUCCUACUGUAAAAAAUAACGGAUUUCCUUCCAUAUCCAGCACUCCUUUUUUCUUUGAAAAUUACUGAUUGUACUGGUUUCCAGGGCAACCAGUUACUAGCUAAACACACAAACAUGCAUUGUUUGCAUUGGCUUGAAAUUUGCUUUUUCCAUUGCAGCAAUGUUGAAAGAAUUUUCCAAAAACAUAACAUUUUAAUUGUCUCUGCGUUGAUCCAACAUUUGAUUUCCUGAGUUGGUCAGCAAAAUAUGUAAUGAGUUUGCCUUACUUGUCUCAGCAAACUUUUUAGCUUUGUAGCUUUUUACUCGUGUUUAGACUUGCUUGAACUUUCCUUGAAUGUAAGCCAGUGUGCUUUAUAGAUUUCCUACACAUUACAAUGAUUGUACACACACUAAGUUUGAUUUAUUACCUCCUUUUUGUUAGCUUGUUGAUAAUAUAAUUUAUCUCUGUGUUGCAUGUAUCAACAUUUUAAUCACUAGCUUGUAAUUACCAAAGAGUUGAAUUGUCAAUGCAAUAGGAAUAAAAUCACAAAGUCAAAUGAACUAGGGAAAAAGAGAGCAUGAAUAAAAGUGAAUACAGUGCA